AGAGCGCCGGAUACGGAGCGAAUCGGCAGUUUCCUCUGGCGCAAGUGUACAUGACAACACACUGAGAUCUGGUCGGACUGCGGUCUGCCCCCCCACAGCAGUCAUGUCGGUCCCAUCCGCCACCUUGGCCUUCGUGCCCGCGCCCAGCCCCACUGUGGUGGACCAGACGACCCUCAUGAAGAAGUACCUGCAGUUCGUGGCGGCGCUCACAGACGCCAACACGCCUGAUGAAACUAAGCUGAAGAUGAUGCAGGAGGUCAGCGAGAACUUUGAGAAUGUGACGUCUUCGCCUCAGUACUCCACCUUCUUGGAACACAUCAUCCCUCGCUUCCUCACGUUCCUUCAGGAUGGAGAAGUCCAAUUCCUGCAAGAAAAGCCUACACAGCAAUUGAGGAAGCUGGUGCUGGAAAUCAUCCACCGCAUCCCAACCAAUGAACACCUCCGUCAACACACCAAGAACGUUCUGUCCGUGAUGUUCAGAUUUUUGGAGAUUGAAAAUGAGGAAAAUGUGCUGAUAUGCCUUCGCAUCAUUAUUGAGCUGCACAAACAGUUUCGGCCUCCAAUUUCUCAGGAGAUUCAUCACUUUCUGGACUUUGUGAAACAGAUUUACAAAGACCUUCCAAAAGUCGUUGCCCGGUACUUCGAGAACCCGCAGGUGAUAGCCGAGAACACGGUUCCCUCCCCGGAAAUGGUGGGGAUGAUCACGUCGGUGUUGGUGAAGACGGCGCCCGAGAGGGACGACAGCGAAACGCGAACGCACACCAUCAUCCCGCGGGGCUCCUUGUCUCUCAAGGUGCUCGCCGAGCUGCCCAUCAUCGUGGUGCUGAUGUAUCAGCUAUACAAGCUGAACAUUCACAAUGUGGUGUCAGAGUUUGUGCCCCUCAUCAUGAACACCAUCAUGCUCCAGGUGUCUCCGCAGGCCAGGCAACACAAGCUGUACAACAAGGAGCUGUACGCCGACUUCAUCGCCGCACAGAUCAAGACUCUCUCGUUUCUAGCCUACAUCAUCCGGAUCUACCAGGACCUGGUAGGGAAGUAUUCCCAGCAGAUGGUGAAGGGGAUGCUGCAGCUGCUGACCAACUGCCCCUCUGAGACGGCUCACCUCCGCAAGGAGCUGCUCAUUGCAGCCAAGCACAUCCUCACGACUGACCUUCGUAGCCAGUUCAUCCCGUGUAUGGAUAAACUUUUCGAUGAAUCCAUCCUGAUCGGUUCUGGUUACACCGCUCGGGAGACUCUCAGACCCUUGGCCUACAGCACACUGGCGGACCUAGUGCACCACGUGCGUCAGAACUUGCCCCUGACGGAUCUGUCGCUGGCCGUGCAGCUCUUCGCCAAAAACAUUGACGACGAGUCGCUUCCCAGUAACAUCCAGACCAUGUCCUGCAAGCUGCUGCUCAACCUGGUCGACUGCAUCCGCUCGAAGUCGGAACAGGAGAACGGCAACGGGCGGGACAUCCUGAUGAGGAUGCUGGAGGUGUUUGUGCUCAAGUUUCACACCAUCGCACGUUACCAGCUCGUCUCCAUCUUCAAAAAGUGCAAGCCUCAGUCCGAGGUGGGUGUCAUUGAACCGGGGGUGUUACCCGGGGUGCCGGCCACGCCCACUCCGUCCACCACCCCUGCCAUUCAACCCCCCGCUCCCCCCACGCCCAUCUCCGCGCCGGCUCCGCCCUCCACCGCGGCGUCCUUCGACCGAGCCAACGAGAAGGAAGACAAGCAGACGUUCCAGGUGUCGGACUGCCGCAGCCUGGUGAAGACUCUGGUGUGCGGCGUGAAGACGAUCACUUGGGGCAUCACCUCUUGCAAGGCCCCGGGAGAGGCUCAAUUCAUUCCGAACAAGCAGCUUCAGCCAAAAGAGACACAAAUCUAUAUUAAGCUGGUGAAAUAUGCCAUGCAGGCCUUGGACAUCUACCAGGUUCAGGUUGCCAACAACCAGCAGACAUACAUCAGGGUGGCCAACUGUCAGACCGUCCGCAUGAAGGAGGAGAAGGAAGUCCUGGAGCACUUUGCCGGGGUCUUCACCAUGAUGAACCCCCUCACGUUCAAGGAGAUCUUCCAGACCACUGUGCCAUACAUGGUGGAGAGGAUCUCCAAGAACUACGCACUGCAGAUUGUGGCCAAUUCUUUCCUGGCCAACUUGUCAACGUCAGCACUAUUUGCCACCAUCCUGGUGGAGUAUCUUCUGGAGAGGCUGCCAGAGAUGGGCUCCAAUGUGGAGCUCUCGAACCUUUACCUCAAGCUCUUCAAACUGGUGUUCGGCUCCGUGUCGCUGUUUGCGGCGGAAAACGAACAGAUGCUGAAGCCACACCUCCACAAGAUUGUGAACAGCUCCAUGGAGCUGGCCCAAUCGGCUAAGGAACCCUACAACUACUUCCUGCUUCUCCGGGCACUCUUCCGGUCCAUUGGUGGAGGCAGUCAUGACCUGCUCUACCAGGAGUUCCUCCCCCUUCUACCGAACCUGCUUCAAGGUCUCAACAUGCUGCAGAGUGGCCUUCACAAGCAGCACAUGAAGGAUCUGUUUGUGGAGUUGUGUCUGACGGUGCCGGUGCGUCUGAGCUCCCUGCUACCCUAUCUACCCAUGCUCAUGGAUCCGCUGGUGUCUGCCCUCAACGGCUCUCAAACUCUGGUCAGCCAGGGCCUUCGCACUCUGGAGCUGUGUGUGGACAACCUGCAGCCGGACUUCCUCUACGACCACAUCCAGCCCGUCAGGGCCGAGCUCAUGCAGGCCCUGUGGCGUACCCUCCGUAACCCAGCCGAGAGCAUCUCCCACGUCGCGUACCGGGUGUUGGGGAAGUUUGGCGGCAGCAACAGGAAGAUGCUGAAGGAGUCCCAGAGGCUGCACUUUGUGGUGACGGAGGUCCAGGGGCCGAGUAUCAAGGUCGAAUUCACCGACUGCAAGGCGUCCAUACAGCUGCCCAUGGAGAAGGCGAUCGAGACGGCUCUGGACUGCCUGAAGAGUGCCAACACGGAGCCGUACUACAGGCGACAGGCCUGGGAGGUCAUCAAGUGUUUCCUGGUGGCCAUGACCAGCCUGGACGACAACAAGCACGCCCUCUACCAGCUCCUGUCUCAUCACAACUUCGCUGAGAAGUGGAUCCCCAAUGUCAUCAUCUCUCACCGCUACAAAGCACAAGACACGCCGGCCCGCAGAACCUUUGAGCAGGCGCUGACCGGGGCCUUCAUGUCCGCCGUGAUAAAGGACCUGAGGCCCAGCGCGCUGCCCUUCGUCGCCAGCCUGAUCCGCCACUACACCAUGGUCGCCGUGGCUCAGCAGUGUGGUCCGUUCCUGCUCCCGAGCUACCAGCUGGGCAGCCAGCCGAGCACCGCCAUGUUCCACAGCGAGGAGAACGGCUCCAAGGGAAUGGACCCGCUGGUCCUGAUCGAUGCCAUCGCCAUCUGCAUGGCGUACGAGGAGAAGGAGCUGUGUAAGAUCGGGGAGGUGGCCCUGGCGGUCAUCUUCGACGUCGCCAGCAUCAUCCUCGGCUCCAAGGAGAGGGCGUGCCAGCUGCCGCUGUUCUCCUACAUCGUGGAGCGUCUGUGCGCCUGCUGCUACGAGCAGGCCUGGUACGCCAAGCUCGGCGGCGUGGUGUCCAUCAAGUUCCUGAUGGAGCGGCUGCCUCUGAUCUGGGUGCUCCAGAACCAGCUCACCUUCCUCAAGGCCCUCCUCUUUGUGAUGAUGGACCUCACGGGAGAGGUGUCAAACGGAGCGGUGGCCAUGGCGAAGACCACCCUGGAGCAGCUGCUCGUGCGCUGUGCCACGCCACUGAAGGACGAGGAGAAGACGGAGGAGCUGCUGGCCGCCCAGGACAAGUCCUUCCACAUGGUCACGCACGACCUGGUGCGAGAGGUCACCUCCCCCAACUCCACCGUCAGGAAGCAGGCCAUGCACUCGCUGCAGGUGCUCGCCCAGGUCACCGGCAAGAGCGUCACCGUCAUCAUGGAGCCGCACAAAGAGGUUUUGCAAGACAUGGUUCCUCCGAAGAAACACCUCCUCCGCCACCAGCCCGCCAACGCCCAGAUCGGCCUGAUGGAGGGCAACACCUUCUGCACCACCCUGCAGCCCCGCCUCUUCACCAUGGACCUCAAUGUCAUGGAGCACAAGGUCUUCUACACAGAGUUGUUGAACCUGUGUGAGACGGAGGAUGCUGCUCUGAUGAAGCUGCCCUGUUACAAGAGCCUUCCCUCCCUGGUUCCCCUCCGCAUCGCCGCUCUCAAUGCCCUCGCAGCUUGUAAUUACUUGCCGCAGUCCAGAGAGAAGAUCAUCGCGGCCCUGUUCAAAGCCCUGAACUCCACCAACAAUGAGUUGCAGGAAGCGGGCGAGGCGUGUAUGAGGAAGUUCCUGGAAGGCGCCACCAUCGAGGUGGACCAGAUCCACACGCACAUGCGCCCCCUGCUGAUGAUGCUGGGCGACUACCGCAGCCUGACGCUCAACGUGGUCAACCGCCUCACCUCCGUCACUCGUCUCUUCCCGAACUCCUUCAACGACAAGUUCUGUGAUCAGAUGAUGCAACACCUCAGGAAGUGGAUGGAGGUGGUUGUCAUAACACACAAGGGAGGCCAGCGAACUGACGGCAGUCCUGCGUUGGAGGGCGUUGAGGAGAUGAAGAUCUGCUCCGCCAUCAUUAACCUGUUCCACCUGAUCCCAGCUGCCCCUCAGACUCUGGUCAAGCCUCUGCUGGAGGUGGUCAUGAAGACGGAGAGGGCCAUGCUCAUCGAGGCCGGCAGUCCCUUUAGGGAGCCUUUGAUCAAGUUCCUGACGCGUCACCCAUCUCAGACGGUGGAGCUGUUCAUGAUGGAGGCGACGCUGAACGACCCCCAGUGGAGUCGCAUGUUCAUGAGUUUUCUGAAACACAAAGAUGCCAAGCCGCUACGAGACGUGCUGGCUUCUAACGCCAACCGCUUCGUCCCUCUGCUGGUUCCUGCCGGUACUGCAGCCACCGUACGACCCGGAUCUCCCUCCACCACCACGGCCAGGUUGGAUCUGCAGUUUCAGGCUAUCAAGAUUAUCAGCAUCAUAGUGAAAAAUGACGAGGGUUGGCUGGCGGGGCAGCACUCGCUGGUCAGUCAGCUCCGGCGAGUCUGGGUCAGCGAAGCCUUCCAGGAGAGACACCGCAAAGACAACAUGGCUGCCACCAACUGGAAGGAGCCCAAGCUGCUGGCCUACUGCCUGCUCAGCUACUGCAAGCGUAACUACUCUGAGAUCGAGCUGCUGUUCCAGCUGCUGCGGGCCUUCACGGGCCGCUUCCUAUGCAACAUGACCUUCCUGAAGGAGUAUAUGGAGGAGGAGAUUCCCAAGAACUACUCCAUUGCCCAAAAACGAGCCCUGUUCUUCCGCUUCGUCGAGUUCAACGACCCGCACUUCAACGACGAGCUGAAAGCUAAGGUGUUGCAGCACAUCCUAAAUCUAGCCUUUCUGCACAGCUUUGAGAAGGGGGAAGGUGAGCAGCUGCUCGGACCGCCCAACCCCGAAGGAGACAAUCCGGAAAGCAUCACCAGCGUCUUCAUCACAAAGGUCCUGGACCCGGAGAAGCAGGCCGACCUGCUGGACUCGCUGCGGAUCUGCCUGCUGCAGUUCUCCACCCUGCUGGUGGAGCACGCGCCGCACCACAUCCACGACAACAACAAGUCGCGCAACAGCAAACUGCGCCGCCUCAUGACCUUCGCCUGGCCGUGCCUGCUGCCCAAAGCCUGCGUGGACCCCGCCUGCAAAUACAGCGGCCACUUACUUCUGGCCCACAUCAUCGCAAAGUUUGCCAUCCACAAGAAGAUUGUGCUGCAGGUGUUCCACAGCCUGCUGAAGGCCCACACGAUGGAGGCCCGGGCCAUCGUGCGGCAGGCCAUGGCCAUCCUGACCCCGGCCGUGCCGGCCCGCAUGGAGGACGGCCACCAGAUGUUGACGCACUGGACUCGCAAGAUAAUCGUGGAGGAGGGACACACCGUGCCGCAGCUGGUCCACAUACUGCAUCUCAUUGUGCAGCACUUCAGGGUGUACUACCCCGUGCGCCACCACCUGGUGCAGCACAUGAUCAGUGCAAUGCAGCGUCUGGGCUUCACCCCCAGCGUGACCAUCGAGCAGAGGAAGCUGGCCGUGGACCUGGCCGAGGUGGUCAUCAAGUGGGAGCUGCAGAGGAUCAAAGACCAGCAGCCGGAGUCCGAUGCCGAAGUGGUCGCCGGCGGUGAAGGGACGAGCGGCGGUGGCGGCGUAAAAAGAGGACUGCCCCUGGAGGCUCCUCCUCCUCCUCCUCCUCCUCCCCCCCCCGCUGCUGCUGCUGCCGCGGCAGCUGCUGCUGCUGCCGCUGCUGCUACAGCCACUGCCGCCGGGCAGGACGUCAAGAGGUUCCGCACCGCCACCGGAGCUGCCUCCGCGGUGUUUGCCCGCAGCCAGUCUGUGCCCGGCACAGAGACCGUGCUCACCAAGCCUGUCGAGAAACAACACACCGACACCGUGGUCAACUUUCUCAUCAGGAUCGCAUGCCAGGUGAACGACAGCACCAAUGUGGCCGGGUCUCCCGGGGAGCUGCUGUCCCGUCGCUGCGUUAACCUCAUGAAGUCGGCCCUCAGGCCCGACAUGUGGCCUCGCGCCGAGCUCAAGCUCCAGUGGUUUGACAAGCUGCUCAUGACAGUGGAGCAGCCGGCCCAGGCCAACAUCUCCAACAUCUGCACGGGCCUGGAGAUCCUCUGCUUCCUGCUGACGGUGCUGCAGUCCCCGGCCAUCCUGGCCCACUUCAAGCCCCUGCAGCGCGGCAUCGCCGCGUGCAUGACCUGCGGGAACACCAAAGUCCUGCGGGCGGUCCACUCCCUCCUCUCUCGCCUCAUGAGCAUCUUCCCCACCGAGCCCAGCACGUCAACGGUGGCGUCCAAGUACGAGGAGUUGGAGUGUUUGUAUGCGGCUGUGGGCAAGGUCAUCUACGAGGGUCUGACCAACUAUGAAAAAGCCACGAGCAACACUAACCCCACGCAGCUCUUCGGGACACUGAUGAUCCUGAAGUCAGCCUGCAGUUACAACGCGAGCUACAUCGACCGCCUCAUCUCGGUGUUCAUGCGCUCGCUGCAGAAGAUGGUGCGCGAGCACCUGAGCCCCCAGCAGGCCAACCCGGGGGUCACGGAGACCAGCACAGUGACCAGCGAGCUGGUGAUGCUGAGUCUCGACCUGGUGAAGACGCGACUGUCUGUCAUGAGCAUGGAGAUGAGGAAGAACUUCAUCCAGGUCAUCCUCACGUCGCUGAUUGAGAAGUCGCCGGACCCCAAAAUCCUCCGCGCCGUCGUCAAGAUCGUCGAAGAGUGGGUGAAGAACAAUUCUCCAAUGGCGGCGAAUCAGAUGCCCAACCUGCGGGAGAAGUCCAUCUUGCUGGUGAAGAUGAUGACCUACAUCGAGAAGCGUUUCCCCGAUGAACUUGAGUUAAACGCCCAGUUCCUGGACCUCGUUAAUUACGUCUACAGGGACGAGAGCCUUUCGGGCAGCGACAUCACGUCCAAGUUGGAGCCGGCCUUCCUGUCGGGGCUCCGCUGCACUCAGCCGCUCAUCAGAGCGAAGUUCUUCGAGGUGUUCGACACCUCCAUGAAGCGGCGCGUGUACGAGCGGCUGCUCUACAUCUGCUGCUCGCAGAACUGGGAGGCCAUGGGCAGCCACUUCUGGAUCAAGCAGUGCAUCGAGCUGCUGCUGGCAGUGUGUGAGCGUAACACCAUCAUCGGCACCAGCUGCCAGGGCUCCAUGCUGCCGUCUAUCACCAACGUCAUCAACCUGGCUGACAGCCAUGACCGCGCUGCCUUCGCCAUGGCAACGCACGUCAAGCAGGAGCCGCGCGAGAGUCAGACCAGCGAGACCAAGGAGGAGGACGUGGAGAUAGACAUCGAGUUGGCGCCGGGCGACCAGACCGCCAUCCCCAAGACGAAGGAGCAGGCGGAGAGAGACGCCGGCAACCAGCUGCACAUGCUGACCAACCGCCACGACAAGUUUCUGGACUCGCUGCGGGAGGUGAAGACGGGGGCUCUCCUGAACGCUCUGGUCCAGCUGUGUCACAUCUCCACGCCGCUGGCUGAGAGGACCUGGGUCCAGCUCUUCCCUCGGCUCUGGAAGAUCCUCUCCGACCGGCAGCAGCAUGCCCUGUCUGGAGAGAUGAGUCCCUUCCUGUGCAGCGGCAGCCACCAGGCCCAGCGGGACUGUCAGCCCAGUGCCCUGAACUGCUUCGUGGAGGCCAUGUCCCAGUGCGUGCCCCCCAUCCCCAUCCGGCCCUGUGUGCUCAAGUACUUGGGCAAGACGCACAACCUGUGGCUGCGCUCCACUCUGAUGCUGGAGCAGCAGGCCUCGGAGAAGGGCCUCAGCCUGCACAACAAGCACAAGCAGAGCACCGAGUUCUACGAGCAGGAGAGCAUCACGCCUCCCCAACAGGAGAUCUUGGACUCUCUGGCCGAGCUCUACUCUCUGCUCCAAGAGGAGGACAUGUGGGCCGGCCUGUGGCAGAAGAGGUGCAAGUUCCCCGAGACCGCCACCGCCAUCGCCUACGAGCAGCACGGCUUCUUUGAGCAGGCCCAAGAGAGCUACGAGAAGGCGAUGGAGAAGGCUCGGAAAGACCACGAGAGGAGCAACGUCUCCCCGGCCAUCUUCCCGGAGUAUCAGCUGUGGGAGGAUCACUGGAUACGAUGUUCUAAGGAGUUGAACCAGUGGGAGCCGUUGACGGAGUACGGCCAAUCCAAAGGCCACUCCAACCCCUAUCUCAUGCUCGAGUGCGCCUGGCGGGUUUCCAAUUGGGCGGCCAUGAAAGAGGCUCUGGUCCAGGUGGAGCUGAGCUGUCCGAAGGAGAUGGCGUGGAAGGUGAACAUGCACCGCGGCUACCUGGCCAUCUGCCACCCGGAGGAGCAGCAGCUCAACUUCAUCGAGCGGCUGGUGGAGAUGGCCUCCAACCUCGCCAUCCGCGAGUGGAGGCGGCUGCCGCACAUCGUUUCCCACGUUCACACGCCGCUGCUGCAGGCGGCACAGCAGAUCAUCGAGCUGCAGGAAGCGGCCCAGAUCAACACCGGGCUGCAGCCGGCCAACCUGGGCCGCAACACCAGCCUCCACGACAUGAAGACGGUGGUGAAGACCUGGAGGAACCGCCUGCCCAUCGUCUCCGACGACCUGUCCCACUGGAGCAGCAUCUUCAUGUGGCGCCAGCACCACUACCAAGCCAUAGUGACGGCGUACGAGGCGAACACGCAGCACGAUCCAAACAACAACAACGCCAUGUUGGGAGUUCACGCCUCGGCUUCGGCCAUCAUCCAGUACGGCAAGAUAGGACGCAAACAGGGUUUGGUGAACGUGGCUCUGGACAUCCUGAGUCGUAUCCAUACCAUCCCCACGGUGCCCAUCGUCGACUGCUUCCAGAAGAUCCGACAGCAGGUCAAAUGUUACCUGCAGCUGGCCGGCGUCAUGGGCAAGAAUGAGUGCAUGCAGGGUUUGGAGGUGAUCGAGUCGACCAACCUGAAGUACUUCACCAAGGAGAUGACGGCGGAGUUCUACGCUCUGAAGGGCAUGUUCCUGGCUCAGAUCAACAAGUCAGAGGAGGCGAAUAAGGCCUUUUCAGCCGCGGUGCAGAUGCACGACGUCCUGGUGAAGGCCUGGGCCAUGUGGGGCGACUACCUGGAGAACAUCUUCGUGAAGGACCGCCAGCUCCACCUGGGCGUCUCCGCCAUCACCUGCUACCUCCACGCCUGCCGCCACCAAAACGAGAGCAAGUCCCGCAAGUACCUCGCGAAGGUGUUGUGGCUCCUUAGCUUUGAUGACAAGAACACUCUGGCGGAUGCCGUGGACAAGUACUGCAUCGGAGUCCCGCCCAUCCAGUGGUUGGCAUGGAUACCGCAGCUCCUGACCUGCCUGGUCGGUUCGGAAGGCAAACCUCUGCUCAACUUAAUCAGCCAGGUGGGGCGAGUGUACCCCCAGGCCGUCUACUUCCCCAUCCGCACCCUCUACCUGACACUCAAGAUCGAGCAGAGGGAGCGCUACAAGAGUGAUUCAUCAGGACAACAGCAGCCCAGCUCGGUGGGGGCCCAGCCUCACUCGGGGGCCACCGACCCGGGUCCCAUCCGGGCGACAGCCCCGAUGUGGCGCUGCAGCCGGAUCAUGCACAUGCAGCGUGAGCUGCACCCCACGCUGCUCUCCUCCCUGGAGGGCAUCGUGGACCAGAUGGUCUGGUUCAGAGAGAACUGGCACGAAGAGGUCUUGAGGCAGCUCCAGCAGGGUUUGGCCAAGUGCUACUCAGUGGCCUUCGAGAAGAGCGGCGCCGUGUCCGACGCCAAGAUCACGCCGCACACGCUGAACUUCGUCAAGAAGCUCGUGAGCACCUUCGGCGUCGGCCUGGAGAACGUCUCCAACGUGUCCACCAUGUUCUCCAGCGCCGCCUCCGAGUCGCUGGCCCGCCGCGCCCAGGCCACGGCCCAGGACCCCGUGUUCCAGAAGAUGAAGGGACAGUUCACGACAGACUUUGACUUCAGCGUGCCGGGCUCCAUGAAGCUCCACAAUUUGAUCUCCAAGCUCAAGAAGUGGAUCAAGAUCCUGGAGGCCAAGACCAAGCAGCUGCCCAAGUUCUUCCUCAUCGAGGAGAAGUGCCGCUUCCUCAGCAACUUCUCGGCUCAGACGGCCGAGGUGGAGAUCCCUGGGGAAUUCCUCAUGCCCAAACCUACACACUAUUACAUAAAGAUCGCCAGGUUCAUGCCCCGAGUGGAAAUCGUUCAGAAACACAACACGGCGGCACGCCGUCUCUAUAUCCGCGGCCACAACGGCAAAAUCUACCCGUACCUGGUGAUGAACGACGCCUGCCUGACGGAGUCGCGGCGAGAGGAGCGGGUCCUGCAGCUCCUCCGCCUCCUCAACCCGUGUCUGGAGAAGAGGAAGGAGACCACCAAGAGGCACCUCUUCUUCACCGUGCCCAGGGUGGUGGCCGUCUCGCCUCAGAUGCGGCUGGUGGAGGACAACCCGUCGUCGCUGUCGUUGGUGGAGAUCUACAAACAGCACUGCACCAAGAAGGGCAUCGAACACGACAACCCCAUCUCCAGAUACUACGACCGCCUGGCCACGGUGCAGGCCAGAGGCACGCAGGCCAGCCACCAGGUCCUGCGGGACAUCCUGAAGGAGGUGCAGGGGAACAUGGUGCCCCGCAGCAUGCUGAAGGAGUGGGCCCUCCACACCUUCCCCAAUGCCACCGACUACUGGACCUUCCGGAAGAUGUUCACCAUCCAGCUGGCGCUCAUCGGCCUGGCCGAGUUCAUGCUGCACCUCAACAGGCUCAACCCCGAGAUGCUGCAGAUAGCACAGGACACGGGCAAGCUGAACGUCUCCUACUUCCGCUUCGACAUCAGCGACGUGACGGGCGACCUGGACGCCAACCGGCCCGUCCCGUUCCGGCUGACGCCGAACAUCUCCGAGUUCCUGACCACCAUCGGCGUCUCGGGCCCGCUCACCGCCUCCAUGAUCGCCGUGGCGCGGUGCUUCGCUCAGCCCAACUUUAAGGUGGACGGCAUCCUGAAGGCGGUGCUCCGCGACGAGAUCAUCGCGUGGCACAAGAAGACCCAGGAGGACACGUCCAUGCCGCUGUCCCCCGCCGGCCAGCCGGAGAACAUGGACUCCCAGCAGCUGGUCUCAUUGGUCCAGAAGGCCGUCACGGCCAUCAUGUCCCGCCUCCACAACCUGGCUCAGUUCGAGGGAGGCGAGAGUAAAGUCAACACGCUGGUGGCUGCGGCCAACAGCCUGGACAACCUGUGCCGCAUGGACCCCGCCUGGCACCCCUGGCUCUGAGGAAGAGGGGGAUGAGAACGGGCAAAUGUGAAGAAAAUGUGGUUUUUGUUUUUUUAUUACGCGUCUGACGACAGACGACUGUGAAGUGUGUGUCGGUCUCCGCUGUAACACACACACACUGAUGGACGUGUUGGACUCUAUCAAAGGACAAUGAAACGGUUGGAGCAGGUGGACCAGCAGGCCCGUCUGUCACAUUGACGGUCUUAACGGGCCGGCCAGGUCACACGGGAGUUAUAUCUGAUGUUUUUUUCCUUUAUUUUUUAUCAAAACACAAUUUCUCCCUCAACUUGUAUUUAUUUUUCUAACUAAAUGACGGUCGUGUGUUAUGACGGUACAAAUAUGUGUGCAGGUAUAAUGAGCCGCUCACUCCAGAGGGUUUAGUUUUUUAAAAUGUAAUUUAAGAGACGGGGAGAUCUUCUGCCGUGUCCGUGUUGUAUCCUCCUCCAUCGAGAGCUUAACCCGUUUUACAUUUAGAUCAUUAUUUCUUUCUCCACCUCAAACAGCCAUUCGUCCUCUCAGAUUUCUAUUUGUAUUUAAACUGAAAAAAAGUGUUUUUUUCUUUCUCUUCCUGUGAGGACGAUAAACCGAUGAAGCUCUUUCUUUUCUUUUUUUUACCCACUGCCUGAAAUGUAUUUUUUGCCAUGUCGUCAUGUAAGAAAGUUGAACUUCAGGCUGGACUGACGCUGGAAUAAGCUUCAACAGCUGCGAUGCACAUCUGUCAAUCCCACGCUGGAUGUGUUCGCGCCACCUUUUUGUAAAGGACUGUCUCUUACCUUGUAAAUAAGCAUUUUGUUUUUAAUAAAAUGCUCUCUUUUUUUAAAUAAGGACA